CCCCCAGGGCCGCCCCCUCGGGAGCUGAAUAGGCUGCGUUCCUCUGGAACGCACCGCAGAACCAGGGUGCUGGUGACGAUCGCUGCGUUCGCUCCCUCGGUCCACUCGCCAGCCCGCCGCCCUCCACCGCCUCGCGCGGCAAACUUGCCCCUCGACUGCGCCAGGAACUGAGUGGCACCAUGCCCUACCAAUACCCAGCGCUGACCCCGGAGCAGAAGAAGGAGCUGUCUGACAUUGCUCAUCGCAUCGUGGCUCCGGGGAAGGGCAUCCUGGCUGCAGAUGAGUCCACUGGGAGCAUCGCCAAGCGGCUGCAGUCCAUCGGCACUGAGAACACCGAGGAGAACCGGCGCUUCUACCGCCAGUUGCUGCUGACCGCCGACGACCGCGUGAAUCCCUGCAUUGGGGGCGUGAUCCUCUUCCACGAGACCCUCUAUCAGAAGACAGAUGAUGGGCGUCCCUUCCCCCAAGUUAUCAAAUCCAAGGGCGGUGUCGUGGGCAUCAAGGUAGACAAGGGUGUGGUACCCCUGGCAGGAACCAACGGCGAGACCACCACCCAAGGGCUGGAUGGGCUGUCUGAACGUUGUGCCCAGUACAAGAAGGAUGGAGCUGACUUUGCCAAAUGGCGUUGUGUGCUCAAGAUUGGGGAACAUACCCCCUCAUCCCUUGCCAUCAAGGAAAACGCCAACGUUCUGGCCCGUUAUGCCAGCAUCUGCCAGCAGAAUGGUAUCGUGCCCAUUGUGGAGCCUGAGAUCCUCCCUGAUGGGGACCACGACCUGAAACGCUGUCAGUAUGUGACCGAAAAGGUGCUGGCGGCGGUCUACAAGGCUCUGAGUGACCAUCACAUCUACCUGGAAGGCACUUUGCUGAAGCCCAACAUGGUCACCCCAGGCCAUGCCUGCACCCAGAAAUUCUCUAAUGAGGAGAUCGCCAUGGCAACCGUCACUGCCCUUCGCCGCACGGUGCCCCCGGCUGUCCCUGGGAUCACCUUCCUAUCUGGAGGUCAGAGCGAGGAGGAGGCAUCCAUCAACCUGAACGCCAUCAACAAGUGCCCCCUGCUGAAGCCGUGGGCCCUGACCUUCUCCUACGGCAGAGCCCUGCAGGCCUCUGCCCUGAAGGCCUGGGGUGGGAAGAAGGAGAACCUGAAGACUGCCCAGGAGGAAUAUGUCAAGCGAGCACUGGCCAACAGCCUCGCCUGCCAAGGAAAGUACACCCCAAGCGGCCAGGCCGGGGCUGCAGCCAGCCAGUCCCUCUUCAUCUCUAACCAUGCCUACUAAGUGGAGGUGUUCUAAGGCUGCCCCCCCCAACACUCCAGGCCGUGUCCCCUCCCACAGCCUUGAAGAGCAGGCCUCAUGCGGGGCUCCAGGCUGCUCUUUCGCGUCACCCUGGCCUCCCUUGUGACACUGGUGCGUGGUGUGGUCUGUGUACGCUAACUCCAUCACCCUUUCCAACCCACUGCCAAUAAACAGCUAUUUAAGGGGGAA